CUUUCUAGCUGUCAUGAUGUGAGCAGCUUUCUUCUAUACCCUCUGCCAUGUCAUUUCUUCCCUGGAUCUGGCUGGACAUCUACUAACCUUAAACCUAUUUCUUCAUUUUGUUCCUGGAAUAAAGCCAGAAUCAACAUUGUCUCUAUUUCUAAUCAAAUAACGGAGAAAAAAAAUCCCAAACAACCAACAGCACAAAUUCUAAUGGAGUUAGAGGAUCCUGGAAGUGGUGUCUGGACCAACCUGAGCUGUGUCUCUCAUUUCUGACUUUAGCUCUUUCAAUGGACAAAAUGAUGAAGACAUUUGGUUUCAUUCUUGUUGUCUCUGUUCUGAUCACGUUCGGGGAAAGCCGGGACAAUGAGAUGAACAUUGCUUUGCAGGACCUGGAGGACUGUUCCCAGGAGCAGGCGCGGCUCAGAGCACAGGUGCACCUGCUGGAGACCCGGGUCAAACAGCAACAGAUCAAGAUUGCACGGCUUUUGCAUGAGAAAGAAAUCCAAUUCCUCGACGAAGGAGAAGAGAACAGUGUAAUUGACCUCGGAAGCAAGAGGCAGUAUGCAGAUUGUUCAGAGAUUUUCAACAAUGGAUAUAAGCGCAGCGGGUUUUACAAAAUCAAACCUCUUCAGAGCCCAGUGGAAUUCUCUGUUUAUUGUGACAUGUCUGAUGGCGGAGGAUGGACUGUAAUUCAAAGACGAACUGAUGGCAGUGAAAACUUUAACAGAGGCUGGAAUGACUAUGAAAAUGGCUUUGGAAAUUUUGUUCAAAAAAACGGUGAAUAUUGGCUGGGUAAUAAAAAUCUUCACCUACUGACUAAACAAGGAGACUACACUUUAAAAAUCGACCUUGAAGAUUUUGAAAAGAAUAGCCGUUAUGCACAAUAUAAAAAUUUCAACGUUGGAGAUGAAAAGAAUUCCUAUGUGCUGAGUAUUGGAGAAUAUUCUGGAACAGCUGGAGACUGUCUUUUAGGGAAUUUUAAUCCAGAGAUGCAGUGGUGGGCCAGUCAUCAAAGGAUGAAGUUUAGCACAUGGGACAGGGAUAACGACAACUACAAAGGGAACUGCGCAGAGGAAGAUCAGUCUGGCUGGUGGUUUAACAGGUGUCACUCUGCAAACCUAAAUGGUGUCUACCACAGGGGCCCCUACACGGCUGAAACUGACAAUGGGGUUGUCUGGUACACCUGGCAUGGGUGGUGGUAUUCUUUGAAAUCCGUGGUUAUGAAAAUUAGGCCAAAUGAUUUUAUUCCAAAUAUAAUUUAAUUGUCCACGUUGGGCUUUCAUUUCUGCAAUUUUGAACAUGUACUACUUUUCAUUCUUUUUACUUGAUUUCAUUAUUUAGUAUAUUUUUGGUGCAGCAAAUACAUAUUAGUUACCAAAUAAAUGUAGAUUAUAUUAAUAUUUAUUGAAUUCUUAUUUGCAUAGGGCUACGAUAAAAUUUAUGUUGUACAAAAAAUAAAAGCAUAGACUACCAUGGUUUAGUAGACAAUACAAAAAUACAAUACAAUGCAAAAAUAAAUGCAUAAGUUAAGUGUUAAUGCAAUUGAUAAAACACAUGACAAAAUUUAGCACAUAAUUUAUCAAAUCAGCACCAUAGACAAUAACUAUGAGCUGGACAUUGAACUCAGAUUUGGGCUACAGAAUUGAAAGCCUUAAUGGAUGUUAAUCACUAUAAAACACUACUUAUAUUUUUGGAUGUUUAUGUAGGUUACACAUUUCUGUCAUAGGCCUCAAAUAAAUUCUUAUGGCAGCCCUGGGAGGCAUGGUUAUUGGCAUUUAGUAGAGCUGGAAAUGUAUAGUUCUGAGUCUCCAUGACUUCUAAAAGUUAACAGAGUUCACAAGAAGGGGAACAAGGACUCAAAUAUGAGUCCCAAGGCUUCUGAUGUUAAAUUAAAUGCUUUACCUUUAUUCUACCACUCUUAUGGGUAAAUCCAGAAGAGUAAAAGCCUGAGCCAAGAUAAGAUAUUACAAAAGAAUACUUGUAUGCCAACUACAUGUCAGGCCCAGAAAAGGCUGUUCAAACCCACAGGAUUUCAGGCAUUUGAGAAAGAUUACAUCAUCCCCAAAAUGUCAAUGAUUAAAAGCUGAUAAGUUGGAAGCUGAAUAUGUGCCUGGGGGACUUACUACAAUGGGCCUGACCUGACUGUGGGGAGUGGACAGUGGAAGCUGCUCACUGGAACUUUUUAAGCUGAGAACUUUUAACUAAAUAUAUUUAGGGAGAUCAUUGCAAGCUACAUGUAAAGUAACAAGUCAGGAAGUACGUGGAAAUGCAAAAAGCCUAGAUAAGUAAUGUCAUUUAAUGAUUCUUAAGUUCUGAAGCCAGGGAUUCCGUCACCUUCUAGCUUACGCCGUGGGCAAGAUACUAACUUCUCUGAGGCUCACCUGUUUCACCUGUAAUAUAGUAUGCGCCUCAUAGAAGUGUCUGGCAUGUGAUAGGAUCUCAAAUGUUUAUUAACUGACUCAUUGAAGAUGUAAGUGAAGAAAUGAAUAAAAUAAUGAUUGUGCAUAACAGA